UGUCGCUGCAGACAGUCCAGCAAGACGUUGCUAUCAAGCCGCGGAAUUGGAAGAGGGCCGCUGCCACCGAUUGGGUUUGAAGCUGGGAUCCAGAAAGGCUGAUAGCGCCACGUCCGCAGCCGCCGCUGUAGCAAUCCUGUCGCCGGUGAUGUGUCCUCUUAUUUUUAUUUAUAUUUAUUUAUUUUCGCCCCUUCCUUCGCCUCCUCCAGCCCGCCCCAGGAAUAACUUCCCUCGAGCAGCCGGGAAUUGUGAUGAGCUGCAGGUUCCCACACUAGCUGUGCCACCGCAUCUAAGACCUUCAUGGUUGGCCCUUGGGCGAAGCAUUCAAGGGACAGGAGGGGGAGCCAGGGCUGAUGGAUGGGGAGGGGGCGAUUUUCGAACUAAAUAUCCUGAGCCAGCAAGCCAGCCCGCGAUGGCUGCUGGUCCUGGGUCAUUUAGGCUGCGGCCUGCGACCAACCGCCCCUCGCUGCGGAUUUUAAAAAUUUCUUUUUACUAACUAUUCUAUUCGUCUUGCGACUUGUUCCAUCUAGUUGCGCGUUUUAGUUUUCUAUUUUAUUCGACUUCCAACGCAACCUUUUGCUUGUUCCUUGAUCUAGUUUUGUAUUUUCUUUUUCUUUGACCUUUUCACAAGAUCAAGCUCCAACUACUCGAAAAAGUUAAGGGACGAAAGGUUGCGAUAAUCUCAAGAGAAGAAGACAAAGGGAAUAAAUACCACGAAAGUUUGCCGCCCCCCCCCGCUGGCAGUUGUUGAAUACCCACUAUUUCGCGGGCCAGACUCCCCAAAACCCAAGCGGUUGGGGCCGCUUCGUCGAUCGCGGACAGGUCAUACUUGUAAAUCUUUCUGGCUGUUGAAACACGUCCCAAAAUACUCUGUACUCUCGCUGCGAUCCCCGAAAACAAAAGGAGAGGGAUUCAUUGCUCUGAAUGCCUUAAAAGCGACGUCAGAUUCCCUCAUCAAUUUAUAUCGCCGAGCCUAGCGAAUUCGUUGGCACAAUUAAAAAAACCCCUAACCACAAGAUGGACCCUCAAGCCCAGGAUGCCUCGAGCAACUCGAUCACAUCAUACCUCCGCCUCCUGAGACGGUGCAAAACCACUCUCCCAUACGGGCACCUUAUAUGCGUCUCCGCCUCCCCUAAUAUAAGCACAAUGGCCGCCCUUUUACGGCUCGCGCGUGCUGUCGGUCCGUUUAUCGCAGUACUACAGGUGCACGCUGAUAUUAUUGAUGACUGGUCACAGGACGCCGUGCGGAGACUCUUCUGUGUGGCAAAGAAGUAUGGAUUUUUGAUUUGGGAAGGGGGCCGUGUCUUGAAUGUCCAGAAGCGCUCGGGGAAACAUCAGGGUAUGUCUAGCGAGGAAAUCAAUAGGGACAUCAACUUGGCGCGAAAGCGCUAUACAAAGGGUCUUGUCGGCGUGGCAGCUUGGGCAGGAAUGGUUAGCACCUGGGUUAUUGGGCCGGAGGAACAGGGGAAGGGCGGUGAUCGUCUGGUUCCGACGUUGCGAAGGGCUGCGCGGGAAGCGGUUGCGGUUCUGAAAAAAUCCGUUCGCACUGAAAUCAGCGGUGGGAACAAGCAGAGGGAUGCAUGCGACAAUGACGGCGAAGAUAGUAGCGGCGGUUGCGUUGAUGAUGAAGACGAUGAAUGUCUAGGUAGUGACGACAAACUUGGAGAUAACCUGAGCACCAUGUUCCCCUCCCCCCGGAAAGGUUCAGUGAUAUCCCUCACUCGCACGAUUACCCAACACACGGAACUUUCGACUUCUGAGCUAUUCGCUGGAGUGGUGGGCCCUUGUUCAGAUGACGAGGAACAGACCAAUGCCGGAAACGCUCCCACUUCUCUACCAUUACCCCCUCCACCUCUCCACGCCCGCGGUCUGGUACUGUGUCUUCCAGCAACAGAUGACCCGUCCUUCUGCCACGAGUAUAGACGAGCUAGCAUCGCCACUGCAGAAGCCCACAGCGACUUCGUCGUCGGCUUCGUCAGCAACGAGUCAUGGAUCGAGGCGUCGCAGACCAGCACCAUCAUCGGCUCCCGAUCCAACUCCCAUGAAGAUGACGCAGAUAGCGAAGAAGGCGAGGACGGAAAAGGCUCCUCAGAACCGCCAUACGUACUCUUCGCUCCCCUCGAAAGCGACCAUAUUCUAUUCCCCGGCUCAGAGAGCAUAACCCCCCCCGCAAUGGACGAGGUUACGCAGGCCCAUGCGGACAGUGUCCAGGUAUACGUUAAUGUCAACGACGAUGCUGCGGGGGAGCCAUCGCAGCAGCGAUGUUCCAACUUUCCGCUAUCUCUCCACCAGGCAGACACUUCUGAAGUCCAACACCGGCAAAUCAACACGCUGCACCAGCUGAUCGGCAGGGCCAUUUCCAUCAGGAACGCGAAGGCUAGCGUGAAUCAUCAACGACAGGAUUCUGAGGAAGGUGACGCAGAGCUUCUGUGUAUCCCGAUUAUUUCGAUGAAUGCCUGAUGAAUUUUCUUCUUUUCUUUUUCUUUACUAUGCCCUUCUUCUCCCACUUCCUUUCCAUCUCUUGUUUCUGGAGUCCUUUUCACCCAACCCUCCCUCCUCCCUAUUAUUAGCCCGCGCUUUACUUUCAUCCCACAUCUAUAUGCACCGAUGGGACAAAACCGAACACAACGUUGUACAAGCCUCCACACAUCCUCUUGCUCUCCUCUUCCGGAGGAACGUAAACGCCAUUUCAAACACCUUCCUGGCAUUCCAUCCACCCUUCUUUGGCUGGGGUUGAAUCUUCUAACCCUCCCUUCAACCACGGACACUUUGCUGAUAAUAAUUGACCCAAUUUGAUGUUGAUUCUUUGAUGAUUUUUAUAUUAAUUUUUUCCCUUUUUGUUCUCCACUUUGGGGACUUUGAUGAGAAAUGCGAAUAUGAAAUGGAAUGGUACAUGAAGGAAACAAUCGGGAAAGCGGGCGGAGACGGCGAUUUCUCCUUAAUUAUUGGCAUGCAAGUGGACUUUUUUCAUAUUUUUCAUAUUUUUCCUAUUUUUCGUUUUAUUCUCUAUUUUUGUAUUCUUUUUUACCUUUUUGAAAUAAAAUAGUAGACGGAGCCAUGAAGAUAUGAUCCAGGUGGUCAUUUCCAUCACUUUUUAUUGUUAUUAAUUUUUUUCCCCUUUCUGGCUUUGCUGUAUUAGCUGGUAAAGUAACCCUGUAACAGACUUUUCAA